AUGAAGCUACGUGGUGUGUUCCGAGGGACCAAGCUGCCAGCUGGACAGCACACCAUUGGUACCAAGUGGGUGUUUAAGAUCGAGCGCGAGGCUGAUGAAUCGAUCGAAAAGUGCAAGGCGCGUCUCGUGGCAAAAGGGUUCAAGACAAGAAAUGACAUUGACUUCACGGAGACGAUCUCGCCAGGCGUCAAGUAUGUGACGCUUCGCAUGGUGAUAGUGAUCACGAGUACUUUUACUGGACGAUGGAACAACUAG